AAGAAAUUAAAAAACAAACAAAAACAAGAAAGAAGAAGAGAGAGAAAACGUUCGUCUGGUUCUGACGAACCAUCUUGCCGAAAUCAGAAUUUUCAUACGCUCUUCUCUUCCUUUCUGAAACCCUAGAACAGACAAAUUCCAAUUCCAUUUUGAUCCAUCGGAGACUGCAUAUCCGCCGCAGUGUCCCGCAACCACCGUCGCCGCCGCCGUCCCACACUUCUACUCCAACCAUUUGAUCACAUCAUCGACCUCUGAAAUUCACUAUCAACUGCGUUUCUCUUCCCUCUAAAUUUUGGAGAUUUUGUUGAUUUCCGAGAUGACGGUUCUGAAGCUAAUUCACCCACCGUCAUCGGCCUUCUGAGUCCCUUCCAGAAAGGUUCUCCAAGCUGUAUCUGUCCUCAUCAUGUAUCAUGCUAAGAAAUUUUCAACUGCGAGCUUAGUGCCACACAAAUCUCAAGGUGCUGAACAAGGUGCGAGUGCUGCGGUUCUUGGUGGAUCUUCAGCCAAAAGUUCAAUGCCACCUGGAGGAGGUGGAAAACAACGCUUGCGAUGGACAUCAGAUCUUCAUGACCGAUUUGUCGACGCCAUCACACAGCUCGGUGGACCAGAUAGGGCAACUCCUAAAGGUGUUUUAAGAGUGAUGGGGGUACCUGGUCUUACCAUAUACCACGUCAAAAGCCAUUUACAGAAGUAUCGACUUGCAAAGUAUUUGCCAGAAUCUCCAGCAGAUGGUUCGAAAGAUGAGAAGCGAAGCUUAGAGAGUCUCUCUGGAACGGAUUCCUCUUCGGGCCUGCAAAUUAACGAGGCGUUGAGGAUGCAAAUGGAGGUUCAGAAACGUCUUCAAGAACAGCUCGAGGUUCAGAGGCAAUUACAAAUGAGAAUAGAAGCACAGGCGAAAUACUUGCAGAAGAUCAUCGAGGAGCAACAUAAAUUAGGCGGCGAAUUGAAAGACUCCAAGGUGUUGCCCUCAGGUGAGGAGGACAAUAAGCAAAAGACUUGCCAGUCUGAGUCGUAUGGCGAUGCAUCUGCAGGACCGUCAUCUCCCCGAAAGAAACAACGAGUCGAUUGUGGAUCAACAGAUGAUUCUGCCCCAUCUCCAUCUAUUAAUUUACCUGAACUUACCUGAAUAAAUUUGUGGUCGAUAGGACCGAGAAUUGUAUGAAAAAGUAACAUCCAGAUGACGGGUUUGCAUUAGAGUUAAAAAUCAAAUCUAAGGAGAAAGAAGGCAGACCAGCUGUAUCGAGUGUACCUGUGAAGUUAAGAUUCAAUUUGUGGUUCGACGAGUACUGUGUUAUUGUCGACUUCGUGAAGUCGUCGAUGAUGUCUGUAACUUUUGUAUAUAAAUUUGCACAUUGAACCUAUUUGUAAACCUUAUUGAAAUACUCCUACAUUAGCAGUUUCUACUUUGCAGCAAAACACGCACGUUUUCUGCCGUUUU